UACCUUUAAUGGCUUUGCAUUACUAAAGCCUGACUGUUGCUAUUCCUUUUGUUCAGUCCACCACGAAGACAGGAUUAGUACUUUGAUUAAUGAAGAUAAGAAUACGACUGACUGACAUCGUGUAGUGAACAAGCGGAAGCUCCAUAAAAACCUCGUGGAAGCCAGCAUGCACACUCGUCAGUACCAGCAAAUCCAGAGCAGAACUCGAAGCAUUGAAUCUUACCCUUCAUGUGCUUUGAUUUAUCCUUGUAAAAUAUUAACACUUCAGCACAUGACUCGAGGAUCAAUAGAGGAUCAUCACGGAAGACAAACACAACAAUGCUAAGACAACGCUUCCUCCUGAAUAAUGAAUGCCAUGGCUAUGAGCAGCGGAUCACCAGCCAUGAUGCGGGGCUCCUACAACACUGGGCAGAUGGGCCCCACACCACAAACAGGUGGACAAGGAAUACAGCAGGGAACUAGUGACACUUCUCAGACACAAACACAGCCUCAAAGAAACACUGCCCUCUUUUGCAAAGUUGGGUGUGAAACUGUCCAAGAAGUUGUCAUGAGGACUAGUGAAGUUUUUACUCAUCUCAAGAAUGUUCAACUUCCAAAUGGCACAGCACAAGCAGCACAAGUGAGCAAUGAGAAGAAAGCACGGAUUCAAGACAACUUAAAUGCUAUACAGCGGCAUUUCAAGGCUCUCCGAGCAAUUUACACCAGGGUCAAUGAUGACUGUGCAGGAAUGGAGUACACCCACAUAGAGAGCCUUAUUCCUUAUAAGGAUGAUGGUGAUAGUAGAGGAGAUCACAAGAAAAUAGGAGAUAACUAUCGUUCUUUGGUGGAGGAAGCCAGGGAGCUGAAAGAGCAACUCUACUUGAAGGCGCGCUACAUGAAGGAAAUUAUUGACCAAUUACGUAAGAUAAUCUGGGAGGUUAACACCAUGCUUGCUAUGAGUAAUACAUAAUAUAAUUUUUGUAUGGUUAGUUUUUAUUAGGUUAAAACUAGAAUUGAGAAAAAAUUAGCUAGUUUUGUCAAUAAGAUAUUUCUGAGAUUGUUCUUUUGAAUUCAUGAUUUUCCUAUUAAAUACUUAAAACAGGAUUA